CAAUAACACCAUUGAGGGGCGGGGAUUUCCGGCAGUCUCGUGUCUUCACGGUUCAUAGUGGGCGUUGAAUAGCGUCUUCUUCUUCAGCUCAUACUUCACGAUAACGUUACCCAAGUUAAGCUACGUCAAACCGGGAAAUUUAUAGGUUUAGCCGGUCGACGAAGAUGACGGAAAGUGCUACGAGUAAGCUGCUAAACGGAGACGUUUGUCACCGGACCUCGAAUGGUAAAAAGGCCAGUAAAAAUGGCUUCGUGAAGGAUCACUCUCUGUUUGAACAGCCACAGAAGUAUCGCCGCCCCAGAGACAAGAACCAAAAUGUCCCCCAUAAUUCCAGCUUGUACAAGAAACCAUUUGUGGAAUCCUUCGAGGAGACUCCUCUAUGGGUUGCUGUGCUCACCUACAUGGGCUACGGUAUCCUCACCAUCUUUGGCUACCUCAGAGACUUCCUUAGACACUGGGACAUUGAAAAGUGCCAUGUGGCCCGUGAGAGAGACGAGCAGAAGGAUUUUGUCCCCCUCUAUCAGGAUUUUGAAAACUUUUACACCAGGAAUUUGUACAUGCGGAUCCGAGACAACUGGAACCGCCCUAUCUGCAGUGUUCCUGGUGCCAAGGUGGACUUGGUAGAGAGAGUAACACACGACUACAACUGGACGUUUGAGCAUACAGGCAAAGUGGUGAAGGACGUUAUCAACAUGGGCUCGUACAACUACCUCGGCUUCGCUGAGAACACCGGAGCUUGUGCCGAUGCUGCUCUCGAGGUCACAAAAAUGUACGGAGUGGGAGUGGGCAGCACUCGCUGUGAGAUGGGAAACUUGGACAUCCACGAGGAAAUGGAGCAGUUGGUUGCCAGGUUUCUGGGAGUUGAGUCAGCCAUGGCUUUUGGCAUGGGUUUUGCAACCAAUUCCAUGAAUAUUCCUGCUCUCAUGGGGAAGAGUUGUUCAUCCAUUUAACACAGGUCUCACAUUUCUGUUGGGAAAAUGUUUGCUUGUCUUUUCAUUACUUGGCUUUUUCUUACUGCCGGUGAUUUAACGAGUAACCUAAAACAAACAUUUAUUCACAAACUCCUUUGUGUUGUAGACAUGCAAAGCCUUGAGAAGCUACUGAGAGAUGCCAUCGUGCACGGGCAGCCGAGAACCCACCGACCCUGGAAGAAAAUUCUUAUUGUGGUGGAGGGCAUCUACAGUAUGGAGGGGUCCAUCGUACGCCUGCCGGAGGUCAUAGCUCUGAAGAAGCGCUACAAGGCCUACCUGUACCUGGACGAGGCUCACAGUAUCGGCGCCCUGGGCCCUAAUGGCAGGGGGGUGGUGGACUACUUUGGCCUGGAUUCCAAAGAUGUUGACAUCAUGAUGGGAACAUUCACCAAAAGCUUUGGGGCUGCUGGGGGAUAUAUUGGAGGCAAAAAGGAGCUGAUUGACUAUCUGCGCCGCCACUCUCAUAGCGCCAUGUACGCCACCUCUAUGUCCCCUCCUGUGGCCCAGCAGAUAAUCACCUCUAUGAAGAUCAUCAUGGGAGAAGAUGGGACCACACUGGGUGCCGAUCGCCUCCGACAGCUUUCACAGAACACCACCUACUUCCGCAGAAGACUGCACGAAAUGGGCUUUAUCAUCUAUGGCAACGACGACUCCCCCGUUGUACCGCUGAUGCUCUACAUGCCGGCCAAGAUCGGCGCCUUCGGUCGGGAGAUGCUGAAGAGGAACAUCGGCACGGUGGUCGUCGGCUUUCCCGCGACGCCCAUCAUCGAAUCCAGAGCGCGCUUCUGUGUAUCAGCCGCUCACACCAGAGAGAUGCUCGAUACAGCAUUGGAAGCCAUCAGUGAAGUGGGCGACCUCCUGCAGCUGAAAUACUCAAGACGUGAGCAGCCUCUUCCCUCGCUUGGGUGGAUGUCCGAGGAGAGUCUUCUUCAGGACUGAGCCUCGUCGCCCUCUUCUUGUCACACCGAGCGCGUUUUCCCAACUCACCGGCCCCUCCCUUAGCGUUUCUCGUCCGACAUCCGUCUUAUGCCCCCACGUAUUUUUGUCUGAGCCAGUGUCUGCAUUCAUGUUAUCCACAUUUGUUCACAUCAAACUCCAGUGGACUCAAAGCCAAAGUCCCAACAGCUUCACCGCGACCAAAAUCAGCCACAUGCGUCCGUGUCCGUUGUUGCAAAGUCCAUUCAGAGCCUCCCAGUUUGUCCUAACCUCGCCUGCAUCUGUCUAACAUAAAGUCUUAUUCUUGUGCGCACAUUGAAUGUGUAUCUUAUUUGUGCAAUAACAGCAGCAGUGUGGUGUUUCUUUGUAAUUCAAACUCAGAGCGAGGUAGAAGAAGCUCUGCCAUGACUUCCUGCUCUUGCACUCUUGAAAUCUGAUCAUAGCUCGUGCUAUGAUCGAUAGGAAACGAUCAUAUAUGUAAAUAUUAUUUAUCACAAUGUUGGUAAUACUGCCUUAGGGUAGCAUCCCAAACCUCAGCGAGAGAUGCAUUAUUUCACGGGAAUAAGCAUGUGUAUACUAUAUGUAUUUAUCUGCUUUUGUUUUGUUUUAAUCCUAAUCACUUUUACUUGAACAGAGAGAUUAUUGGGUUCUUUUACCCAACCAAAGGUUCUAAGUAUAUGUAUAGAUAUGUUUUCUAGCCUUCCUGUUAAAAUGCAAAGCAGAUAUUCCUAAUUAAAUCAUUUAACAGGGAAAGAAUUCCAGAGAGGAAGACAAAGGAUUUUUUUUAACUGCAUAUUUUCUAGAAAUAUUUUUCAGCUUUAUUUACUGUUUACACCUGCACUCAAAAACUUGAGCCUUGUGUCUUUAACAUUUCUAUAAGCUAAUGAGCUACAUGUGAUUUCUAUCUUGUUUGUUGCUUUCUCACCUGCUGAACUCGUUCUCACUCAAGUGCUUUCAUGAGAAUCGCCAAUCCGAGCACGACAGCACGCUGUAUGCAUGACGAUGUAGGGCUCAUCUGAUAUACAGACAACUUUAUUUAUUUAACAUGUGUUUGUCGGCCGUUAGCGAUCUCUUAUUUGCGGAAACCAUUAUCUGAGUGGAAAGUGUGUUUCAACUCGACUACAUGUCUUAACUUCAGUGCAGCACUACUGACGGGCGUUUAUAUGUCCAGAUGACGUAGUCACUGAAAACCUGUAAGGUUUGUUUGGUCCAAAUGUCAUUGGGGUUUUCUUUUUGGUUUUUUCCUUCCCCCACUUUAUCAUUCACCAGAUGUUAUCAUCCUCUGGAAUGACAUUCCAUAUCAACCUGCUUUUUGUGACGCAUUUGUUUCUUUUUGCUUUGUUUUGGUCCGACAUUACUGUGUAAGGUCACCCCAAACAUGUGGCUUUACAAGCCACUGUCAAACAUUGUUCAUCUGAGUGUGUGUUGUUUUUGUUUUGUUUUUUUAAAUGUUCCAUCACUUUAUUGAUGUGAGCUGCAGUGUCAGUGUAGCCAGGAAGAAACCUGGCCAGCGUCUGGCCAAUUCCCGCAAACACUCGAUGAAACACAAGAUGUGUGUGUGUCUAAUGUUUUGGGCAUUUCAGCACAGCAUGACUGCUAUUUGCUGGUCUUUUAAACUGUACAUCCAUCAUACAUUAGUCACUUUUUUUUUUUUUUGGUCUGUAUCAUUCCAGUACUGUGUUCACAAAAAAUAGUUUGACUAACAAAUCGGUGAUGCAUUUGCUGUUAACAAGCAAUAAAAUGUGGAACACUUCAUUAUGAUCUGUAUGCACCCUGACAUAAAACUCAGUUUCCUGCAGGGCCGUGCAGUAUGUUAAGUCUUCACAUUUCUGUCCAUGAAGGCAAAAAAAAUGUAAUUGCAAACAGCAACACGGCUGUUUUUCUCAGCCUGGUUUCCCCUCACUGAAACUGCAGGUUUAAUGUCUGCAGAAAUGAUUCAAAUGCAGAGCUGCUUACAAUACCUGUAAACUUGCUUGCAGUGACCAGUGGAAACUUAUGUUGCUUUUGCCUUUUGGCACCGUAUUUGGGUUGGAGAUAAACCACUUAAAGGAGUUUAUAAAGCCAUGAUGUUUGUUGACCGUGCUGUUGGAAACGGUGCUGCAAAGAUUAAAUCACUUUCUUUGUAUCAA